ACAAUAGAAUGCGAAGUUAUCAAAGGCAUAAACCACCGGAUGUACGGCGACUUGCGCCUUAUUUGGGGUGGAUAAUUUCGCAUAGCCUAGGCAUCGGCCCGAGGCAGAAAGAUACGCUUCAUCAAAACAUCUCCCACCAGGCCCCGCACCAAGACGAAACGUUAAUGUGUUCAGCAGCAUGCAAGACGAAUUCUAGUUGUAUUUACCGGACUCUGGUCCCCACUGCGGUAAGAUGGAAUACUCAAACUAUUCUGACCUCUCUGAUCCCCGGUUACUGCAAGGCAAUUCUUUUCUCCCAAUAAAGUAUGAUUACCACAACCGCCAUCGUUGCUCGCGAGCCCGAGCAGCCACUGAGCAUAAAUUGGGCCUUGGAAGAUGUCGAGGUAUACACGCCGGGUGAAGGAGAAAUUCUUGUGGAAAUGCGCGCGACAGGUAUCUGCCAUACAGAUAUAGUUCUAUCAUCUGUACCAUCUGGAAGUAUUGGAAUCCAGUAUCCAAAGAUACUGGGACACGAAGGUACUUCAUUAUCAGCACAUUCCUGCCGUUGUAUACACUACAACAUCAACAACAUGAAUAGAGAAGCGGAUCGUGGUUUCAUAUAUGCUGAAUAGCCACAGGUGGCGGUAUUGUACGAGCACUCGGCCAAAAUGUGAAGUCCGUCGAGGUCGGAGAUCCAGUCUUACUCUCCUACUACUCCUGUUCAUCCUGUGAAUCAUGUCAGACCGCACAUCCCGCAUACUGCGACGUGUUUGCCAAGGAAAAUUACGUUGGACACCAGGGUGGAAUGAAA